AUGGAGCCUGAGGAUCCUGGGUGGGUGAUUCGGGAGGGGAUGGUUUGUCCGGAUUGUCAGAGGAAGGAGUUGGAGGGGGUGGAGGGUGAGGAGGGAGAGAAGGGUGAGGAGGGCGAGAAAGGUGAGAAAACAGACCUAGAGCACGAACUCACCACCCUCGAACACGCCCUCGAAGACCUCGAACUCCAGCACCUCGACGCCGCGCUCCACGAAUCCCUGCACCAGCACACGCAACUCCACGAAACGGCCCUCGAAACCGCGAAACAGAACUCCCUCGCAGACGCGCCGGAGCCGCAGCAGCAGCAGAGUCUCGAGCACCAUGUCGAGGAGAUGGCGCGCGCCAAGGAGGCGAGUAGGGCGAGGGUGGAGAGUUAUAGGGAGUUGUUGGAGGGGUAUAGGCGGUUGAUGGCAGAGGGGAAGCUUGGAGGGGAGGGAGGGGGUGGUGAGGAGGAGGGAGUCGUUGGUGCUGGACCGUCAAGUCCACGCGCUUCGUCUAUCGCUACGACUACGACGAAAGCCAGGCCUUCUUCUUAUUCUCCCCGCAACAAACGACGCUGGCCUUUCCAAGACGACGACCAUCGCCAAUUGUACGAAGACAAUGACGACCGCGAUCCAUCUCCUUCUGCUUCGUCAUCUAGAGUGGGAAGGUUCCGGGAAGGAGUCGCCUUGGACCCUGCAGAAAGCUUCGCUGGACGACCAACGAGCCACGCGAGCAAUAGUCGUCGCUCCAGUCAGCAGCCUGCUGCAGCAGGCGAUGAAGGAGAGGCAACAACAACACAACGUGUUCAGUUUGCCGAUGGUGAGGGUCGUGAUGAGCAGCGACAUCGACGACGGAGUCUGCUCAAGAGGCUUCGUCCUGGAAGCGGCGAGAAGAAGUGA